GGAAGCUCCCCCCACUCGGCGGCUGCCGAGCUCUGCAGGCCGGGGCUGGGCGCGGACUCGGCGCGGGGCUGCGCGUUGCCCGGGCCCCGGAGCGGCGCGCGGUUUUCCUGGAAUUGUAGCGUGGCAUGGCUGUGCUAAGGAGCUUUUGUUAAACGUGAUUGGAGGCCUUUGGCAGGAUACAAACAGCUUGACUCACGACAACACCAGGGGAAGGACUCAGCUGCACCGGCCCAGCAGCCAGCAUGGAUCAGGGUCUGCAUGGCGAUGUACAGGUGGAGCGCAUCCUCGUGUAUUCCUUUCUGAAGAACUGUCACAACUGUGAUUUCAGCAAAGAGCUGGAUUCUCUGAGAAGCGAGGUGAUGGUUUCCCCAUCAAAAAACUUCCUCUCUGUUGAGUUUGAUGAUGGGGAGCUUCAGACAGAUGGGAAUCGGAGUGGCCGGUUCCAGAAUGGUGAGCCAGGUUCUGUGGUUGAUGAGGCCAUUUUCCAGCUCAUCGGAGCUCGGCUUGCUGAGAUCGGGGACCAAGUGGCUAGGGAGAUCGAUCAGAGAGUAGUAAAUGAUCUAGUGCAGCAAUUUGUGAAUGAGAAUCUGACCAAAGAGGAGAUAAUGAGGCGUCUGUCUAAUACAGUGGAGGGGCUCAUGAGAACCGUACCUUUAGAAAUGGAUCGGGAGAAAGCCAUGCUGGUGCUAGCAAUGGUUUUAGCCAGAACAGUAGCAAACAAAAUGCCAUCCCUUCUAUACCGUGUCUUUAACACCACUGUGAAUUACAUCAACCAGAACCUCCACAAUUACGUCAUCAACCUGGGAUAACAAAGUUGAAUGAGAAUGGAGCCAGUCCCAUUGACUGCUGUGGAGAAGAUUGCUUUUUGAGUAUUUACUUUAAACAUUAAAACUUUGCUUUUUUUUUUCCUCAUUUAAAUUCUUUGCAAUGCAGCUGUGAAGGGGGAAGCACAACCCCUUAGUUAUGUUUUAGGUUUUUCAGAGAUCAGUACAGGAGAAAUGUUCAAGCUGUGCGAUUGUUCAGCAGACAUGUAGGAGUAUUGCUUGCCUGUUACUUUCUUCUACCAAAUACUGACUGUGACUUGGUGCUGGUACAGACCUGUAUGACUUAAGAGGAAGUGCCAGUUGGCAGUGCACUCAGGUGUGUUUACUGAAACUUUAGCCCAUGCACUGAGGAUAGGAUCUGUUGGCAGUGAGCCUGCAGCCUGUUAGGGUAUGUCUUCCCUGCAAGGUUAAUGCAUGAGAUCAAUAGUGGUAGUGGCCUAGCCCA